AUGCUCCCAGAAUGGAACAUCAAGGGUAUCAUCGUCGAGCUCCGAAGCAUCGAAACUGCAUUAAACGGAUCCACCGCUAGCGUACCCGUGCAUCCUGGUUACCAGGGCUCCUCCUCGCCCGACAUGGCUUUCAGGAAGAUGUUGGAGGCCCUCCAAUAA